CAAAGCUUUAUAGAAUAUCGUAUGUAGUCAAGACCGCUGGAUAAAGCAGUCGCAGAUGUACAGUACAGUGCUUGCACCCAAGGAACCUCACAUCCACAAAUAAUAAAGGGAACCACGAGUCAUGCAAAAGGGAUAGAUGGGAUACUAUGGAAAGAUAUAAAUAUGCCAAUCUACUCAGUCCAGUCCAGUCUAGUCCAGUCCAUCAUCCAAACCAAAUCAAUUUCCAGUUUUGAUCAGUCAAUCCGUCAAUCAAUCAAUCAAUCAAUCAAUCAAUCAAUCAAUCAAUCAAUCAAUCAAUCCGCCAGUUUAGUCCAAAUGCCCACGCCGAAGGGAAGAGAGGGAAGAGGGGAGAGGAGGGGGGAAGCACAGGCCGGCCCAACACCGCGGGCGGCGGCGGCGGCGGCGGCGGCGGCCCCCAUCCAUCCAUCCAUCAUCCAUCCAUCUAUCGUGCAUGCGUGCCAUGCCAUGGCCAUGCAUAGUAACGUUAUGAUCCGCUGGUCGUUCUCUCCCCUCUCCUCCCCCCUAACCCAUUAUUCUGGUUGUUCACGCAUACCGGCUCAGUCAAAGCCCUGCUAUACGAGCACCACCUAGCAGGGGACGCUCUUAUGCAGCGGUGAAUAUGUAUAAGAUAGAUCACUGCCCACUUCCUCCGGAACGAAUCCAAUAACUACCUUACUCCAAUGGAAACCGGCAGUAGCAGUGAGCAGGGG